AUGGAAAUCGUGUCACUGGAGAGACCGGCGACCCGACGAUGGCGUGUAAUACUCUGCAUGUCGUCGCUGUUGACCAGCGCUUCGGCUUUCUAUUGGCUCAACGACCCGAAGACGGCUCACAUAUCGCUCAUCGACUCAUUGGUCACGCAUUACUUGUUUACCAUUAAUUGUCUCAUUUUGUUGGCGUUGUUUGCGAUGGGAAUCCAUAAGCGAGUGGUCGCCACUUCCAUGUAA